AUGAUGUUUGUCAAACCUCAAGCUAUAUCUUCUGCUCUAUUAUUCAAAUUUGACCUUAAUGCUCUUCUCUUUCAUUACUCAACAGCUGCAGCAACUGCCCGGACCCAUUUGUUAGUGAAGUACCUAAUCAAUUCACUAGGGUUCUCCAAACAAGAAGCUAUUUCUGCCUCUGCAAAGGUAGGUUACCGUAUUAAAACCUUCAACAAUCCUGAUUUAUCAGUCAAUUUCUUGAAACAGACAGGUUUUAACGACGCCCACAUCAAAAUCUUGGUUUCCAAGUCCCCGGACUUGCUAUUCUAUGAUGUUGAAAAUACCCUUAAACCCAAAUUGCACUGUCUUUCUGAAAUUGGGUUAUCCGGUUCCGAUUUAGUCAAUGUCCUUCUAAAAGAUUGGGAAUUUGUGGACAGGGGAUUGGAUAAUUGUAUAAAACCCCUUUUAAAUUGUCUUAGAAAUGUAUUGGGUAGUGAUGAAAAUGUGGUUACGGUUAUAAAGAGAUGUUCUUCGUUGAUGAGUUAUAAUAAUCAUGAAACUAUGGAGGCCAAUCUGAGUUUAUUGAGGUCAUUUGGCUGUUCAAAUGAUAAGAUCAAGAAUUUUGUGCUUAAACGUCCCAACUUUCUUAAACUAAGUACCAAAAAGCUUGAUGAAAUGCUGCAUAGGGUGGAAAAAGAAAUUGGCGUUUCUCCUGAUUCGCCACUGUUUCUUCACAUCGUUAAUGUGCUUGCUGGCUUGAGUCAAGAUACUGUAAACAAGAAAAUUGGAAUCUUCAAGAGUUUUGGGUGGUCUGACACCGAUAUUCUCACCAUGUUGCAAAAGCUACCUUACUGUGUAGCCCGAUCAGAGACACGGAUUCAAACUGCAUUGACAUUUUUGAUGAAAGAAGUCAGCUACAAAUCUAUUUACAUCGCUUCUCACCCUUCGCUUUUAACAUACAGUUUGGAGAAGCGGCUGAAACCCAGGUAUGAAAUGUGGAAACUUGUCAAUGAAAAGAAUCUGAUAAAGAAUAGGCCGAAGUUUUACAGUGUUAUGACAUGGCCUGAAUCAAAGUUUUUGGAAAAAUAUGUCCUGCCUGUCAAAGGUGAACUGCCUGACUUUUAUGAUUUGUACAUCAAGAGGACAGGAAAAUAG